UACCACUCCGAUAGCCUGUCUGCCGUUAUAAAAGCAACCGUUGCGAGCGUAUUAAAUUUUAGUUGCUUCCGAAUUUGCAUACGCGCUGGUCGAACAGUGAAGUUCGUGAACGAGUGUUUGUUGAAACAUAAGCAAACACCGCUUUAAGAGCCGUUCUAAAUCGAGUUAAUUUCGCCAAAUAUUCAGCUGACAUCAUGAGAUGCCCAAAUAUAGUAGGCCCAUCAACUGCCAUUGCUGUUGCUGUUGUUUUUGGUUGUUUUGCAUUGUUUCUUGCACCAUGUUGUCUGGCCGCCGCUGCGAUAGAUACUGAAGGGCUGCCACAAGAACUAUUGGUGCCAUUCAAUGAUUUAUUACCACCACUGCCCGAUGCUGAGCUCCAAACAACAACUACAACCACUACAACUGCAGCACCACCGGUCACAGUGGCACCAGUACACAAACCGGCAACAACAACAAUUGCACCAAACAGAGUGACAACGGCGAAACUAACGAAAUCAGCCACAGCACAGAAACUAAAAAAGACACAAUAUCAAUUGGACCAGCAGUUGCAGAAGCAACAACCAGCAGUGCCGAUAUUAGAUUUGAAUCCUGAGGUGCCACCCGCUUUGCCGGAAGGAGAAGCGCCCGUGGCAACGGAGGCACCCGAAGCAGCACCGGUAACACCGAAAGCAGUAGUGGUGCCCACAACCCGCGCAACCCCGCGGCCAACACCAGCAGCCACGCAAGCGCCCAUUAAGGUGGCGGUCAAGGUGCCGGAGCCCAAACAAGCCGCUUCAACACAACACUUUCAACAAGUGCAAGCGGCACAAACAGCGACACGUCAAGAAUUGCAGCAACACCUGCAGCCACAAGAGCAACAGCAAUACAAGCAACAACAACAGCAGAAGCAACAGUUCGCCAAACCAACGUUGCGCCAGCCACAGCCACAAGCACAACACCGGUUCCAGCCACAAGUGGCUGCUGCCAUAACUAGAGUGGCACCACCGUCAACGCUACGCAACGCGCCAGCAGAAACGCAAGUCAACGUAGAACAGCUUAGGCAAUAUCUCGAAUACAUUUACCAUCCAACGACACGCCGUCCAUCGCGCGGUCCACUGCCCACGCUGACGCCAUUCCCGCGGCAUUUGAAGUGAAUGAAGUGGCGGCUUCCGGUGAAUGUGCGGGCCGCGCACUUGUAGUUGUGCUACCUUUACCCGCCACAUGUUGAAGAAGAAGACUUAAUUUAUUCUCGCAAUCCCCCUAUAGCGACUCUCAACUCAUUUAUAUCAGUGAUUAACUAGUUUUACGAAAAUUAAUAUGAAUAAAAUAACGAAAACAUACCGAAGAGAAUUUGUCAAUUUUAAUACCGUCUUAGUUGAAAGCUCGAAAAUGACCAAAAUAAGUAUGUAAAUUUGCAUAAAUUAGCGAAAAAUUUAUGCCGAUUUUAUAAUACGAGUUUUUUUUAUGAAUUUAUUACUCUUUACCAUAUUGAUAUAAACAUUUGAAUAUUUGUGUUUGGAGAAUGUAAAUAACCAUAAACCGUUAA